AAUCACAAUUGACGUCCGGAUAUCUUUCCAACCGUUUGCAUGUAAAAAGUUUUACAAAAACAAUAAACAGAAAAAGUUACACGAAUAGUUCCAAACUUAACAGAAAUAGAGGCAAAGAAGUUAACGCCCUACUUCACUUCGUCCCCUCCGGAUCUCUCUCACUUUCUCUCUCUCUCUCUCUCUCUCUCUCCUCCCUUAAAUCAUCAUAGAUCCACCAAUGUAGCUUCCUUUCAAGUUUCAUUCAUAACAUGGGCCAUCACCAUCAUCACCGGAAAACCGGUAAAACCCCAAGAUCACAAACCCUCCCUUCUUCCCCAACACAUUCUUCUUCAUCUUCUGAUUUUGAAUUCACUGUGUCGCUUUCGCCCCGAAAAUCAUCCGCAACGAAUCUCUGCCCGGCAGAUGACCUGUUUUACAAGGGCCAGCUUCUUCCCCUACAUCUUUCACCUCGUAUCUCCAUGGUCCGCACCCUCCUGUUGUCCUCCUCCUCCACUUCCUCCUCCGCCACCACCGCCCGCCACUCCUCGGAUUCGCAUUCGUCGUUUUCGACCGACGGAUGCUGCGACUCCUCCCGCCCUAGCUCUGUCACCGAUGACGACCUCCACCUCCACACCAAACUGGUUAAUCCGAAUUCGAAUAACGCUAGCAUCGUCGCCAACAACCACAAAAAACCGAAUAAGUAUUUCUCGUUAUCGAGAUUCUCAUCCGUCUUCCGUAAGGAAACGAAAACGUCGACGAGUAAAGUAGAUCCGGAUAUCAUGGUAUCCGGAUCUUCUGUCAAACGGAUGAGUGCGACAGCUAAAGAAAUGAUAAGAAAAUAUCUGAAAAAAGCAAGGCCGUUGUACGAGAAACUCUCGCAGAAAAGUGCCCCGUCACAUCAGUCGCCUGCUGAGACGACUAAAACUGACGGGGCCAGGAAGGAAAACGAUGUGAUUUCUCACUCGUUUUCCGGAAACCUUAGGUACCCGAGACGUAGAAGCUGCGUGUCAAGUUGCCCAUCGUCGAUGCGGUCAUCGCCUAGCCACUCGGGCAUAUUGUGCCACAACAGUGUGGUGCGAGGAGCCGGCGGCAUCUGCUCGAGCAACUCUUCUUCUAUGGAGGAACUGCAGAGUGCGAUUCAGGGGGCCAUAGCUCAUUGCAAGAACUCGAUGACUCAGAACAAGUAGAAGAUCAGAAGAACAAAGAGGAUAAUAAUAUCUGGAGUGUACAACUGCUUCAGCGCAAGGUACAAGUCGUUAACAGCGUCUGUGAUCUGGAUCUGACUGUUUUUAGUAGAUCGCUAAUUAAUUGAUAGUGCUUUAAAUUAAAAUUUGUAAACUCUUAAGAUUGUUUUUUGUGGACUUGUUUCAAUAACUUAUUUCUAAAUUUUAUUGGUUUUAGGAAUAUUAUUCUAAAUUUUAUAUAAUUUAUUUAGUCU